UCGCUCUGGAAGACACCGGUAGUAGAAGAGGCAUGUUAAGGAAAGAAGAGGACGUUGGUUUGAAUUUAUCAUAAGCGUUUUAAAUAUUGCUUAAUAGAAAUGGCUUGACAUGUUCAUAAAAGAAGAGCAUGUUUGCAUUUAGUUGUAAAUGACUUGAAUAACGUAAUUUAACUGUAAUUUAGCAUAGUACCUCUAACGCUAUAGCUAGAGUUGUUAAGGGACUUAAAGCACUUCUAAAUUAUAGCUGCCCUAUUUUAUUUAAUAUUUAAGAGUUGAAAAUGAGUUCCGUGAGACACUUAAUAUACAGUAGGUUGUUGUUUCACUAUAGUAAAUCACCAAUUGUGAACACAUCAGUUUGCUGGAAUGGCAGGCAGAAAAGACUGUUCAGUACUACCAACAGAAGGAGGACUGUUAUGCCUGCCUGGGUUAUUGAUAAAUAUGGAGGCAGUGAUGUGUUACGGUUCACUAAAAAUGCCAGUUUCCCCGUUAUCACAUACCCCAAUGAGGUUAUUGUCAAAGUGAAUGCAGCAGGACUGAACCCUAUUGAUGUCAGCAUGAGAGGUGGCUAUGGUGCUGCAUCACUGUCCGUAAAGAGAGACCCUCUGAGUCUGAAUCAGGCUGGCAGGGAGUUCCCUCUCAUCCUGGGAAGAGAUGUGUCUGGGGUCAUCAUGGAGUGCGGCCUGGAUGUGAAGUACUUCAAAGAAAGGGAUGAGGUGUGGGCAGCGAUCCCUCCAUGGAAGCAGGGAAGCCUGGCUGAGUUUGUGGUGCUGAGUGGCAACGAGAUUUCCCGCAAACCAAAGUCCCUAAGCCACAAAGAGGCAGCAGCCAUUCCCUAUGUGGCAGCAACGGCCUGGUCUGCACUGGUCAACACCGGGGGGCUCAGCAAGGACAACUGUGCCAAGAAGCGGAUAUUGAUCCUUGGAGGAUCCGGGGGUGUGGGAACAUUUGCUAUACAGAUGCUCAAGGCUUGGGGCGCCCAUGUGACUGUGACCUGCUCCCAGAAUGCAGAGCAGUUAGUGAGGGACCUGGGAGCCGACCAUGUGGUUGACUACACCACGGGGCCUGUUGAGAAACCGCUCAGUGCACUGGAGAAAUUCGACCUCAUCCUGGAUAAUGUCGGGGGGGAAACAGAGCGUUGGGCGCUGAGCCUGCUGAAGCCUUGGGCUGGCGGCAAGUAUGUGACCCUUGUAACGCCGUUCCUCCAGAACACUGACUUACUGGGCGUUGCUGAUGGCAUGAUGCAGACUGCUGCCACGAUGGCCACUAAAGCCCUCAAGCACCUCGUCAAAGGAGUUCACUACCGCUGGGGGUUCUUCGCACCGAGUGGUCCUGCUCUGGAUGAAAUCAGUGAAAUGGUGGAUGCAGGACAGAUCCGGGCGGUGGUGGAGGAGACUUUCAGUUUUGCCACUGUUCCUCAGGCCUUUGAGAAGAUGGAGAAAGGCCAUGCUCGAGGGAAGACUGUGGUCCAGAUCAGCAAAGAGGAUGACUACUUAUAGCACUGACAGCUGGAGAAUGUUUUGCUGCUCUACAUUUGUCUGUGUUUUGUUAAAAUGUCCUUAAAAUGUGUAUGUCAAAACAUCUAAA